UUAGUCUUUAAUAACCAUACUAGACCACCACCGCCGCACCUCAGCCGCCGCAACCGCUCCUCACCACUAGCCAAGAACAAAUUUCCCAACUUUAAGCAAUCAUCGGAUUGUCAAUAUGGAAACAGUUCUAGUACCGAAAAUAUAGCACCUUCCAACCUCAAAAUUGACUGAUCACUCGCCUUAUAAAACCCAAGAAUUUGAUUGUCUUCUCUAGAUUCUUGAUUGGCCGUCGUCAAUGGAAGAGCAACCCAGAAAACAUUCUCCCCAAGAAAUCCACCACAGCCCCUGCAACGGCGGCGACGCCAGGAGCAUCAUCUUUGGAAAAUACGAAAUGGGGCGGUUACUGGGGAAAGGCACGUUUGCAAAGGUAUACCACGCGAGGAACCUCAAGACCUCCGAGAGCGUCGCUAUCAAAGUCAUCAGCAAAGAUCUGGUCAAGAAAGAAGGGCUAAUGGAGCAAAUCACUCGCGAAAUCUCUGUGAUGCGAUUAGUCCGACACCCCAACGUCGUGGAGAUCAAAGAAGUGAUGGCCACUAAGCAGAAAAUCUUUGUCGUGAUGGAGUAUGUAAAGGGCGGCGAGCUCUUCGCAAAAGUCGCCAGAGGAAGGCUGAAGGAAGACGCUGCGAGAAAGUACUUUCAGCAGCUUAUAAGCGCGGUGGACUUUUGCCACAGCCGGGGGGUCUCUCACAGAGACUUAAAGCCCGAAAAUCUGCUUCUUGAUGAGGAUGAGAAUCUCAAAGUCUCUGAUUUUGGGUUAUCGGCGUUGCCGGAACAGCUGAGGAACGACGGGCUUCUGCACACACGGUGCGGGACUCCGGCUUAUGUAGCGCCGGAAGUGCUAAGGAAGAAAGGGUACGACGGUGCAAAAGCUGAUAUUUGGUCAUGUGGGGUGAUUCUUUACGUGCUUUUAGCAGGGUUUCUGCCGUUCCAGGACGAGAAUGUGAUGAAAAUGUACACGAAAAUCUUCAAGGCGGAGUUCGAGUUUCCACCAUGGUUUUCAUACGAAGCAAAGAGGCUGAUUUCCAGGCUUUUGGUUGCUGAUCCAGAGAGGAGGAUUACAAUCCAGGGAAUCAUGAGAGUGCCCUGGUUUUGUCGAGGUUUCACCAGGCCGGCUGCGUUCACAAUCCAAGAACCGAUUGAUCAAGAAAAGCUCUUGGAGCAGAGCAAAGAAUUGGAGCUUGUGAGAUCAAAAUCGUCGCCCCCCUUCUACAAUGCGUUUGAAUUCAUAUCCUCGAUGUCGUCGGGCUUCGACCUGUCGAACUUAUUCGAGAACCGGACGAAAUCGGGCUCAUUGUUCACGUCCAGGUGCUCGGCCUCAUCGAUCAUGGCCAAGCUGGAAUCACUUGCCAAAAAGCUCAAUUUCCGGAUCGUCUGGAGCAAGGACUAUAAGUUGAGGAUGCAGGGCGUUUCCGAGGGACGAAAAGGGAAGUUGUCGGUGACGGCAGAGGUGUACGAGGUGGCGCCGGAGGUGGCGGUGGUGGAAUUCUCCAAGUCCGCCGGGGACACGCUGGAGUACAGGAAGUUGUGUGAGGAUGAUAUAAGGCCAGCCUUGAAAGACAUAGUGUGGAGUUGGCAAGGGGAGAGUCGUGCCUGCCAGGACUAGUUUCGUCGUUACAGCACAAAGGUUUUCGUGUGUCUAUAUGUUACACUUAGCCAAUUUUGUGUGUCUUGACCAAAUAUGGUUCUAUGGUCAGAACCUCUUUGUACAUAUUUUGAAGUUAUUUAGGGGUGGUGUUGGCCUCGUUACACUUCAUCUUGAGCAAAGUUCUUGAGUGGCUAGUGUGUGUGGUGUGCGUUUUUGCCAGAAAAUGUUUGUGGUGCAUAGGUUUUCUUGGUUAGAAGA